CCAAGCCAAAAGCUUGGUCCUUCCAUCAGGCCAGAUGAAGCGACAACAACCCGAGCCUUUCUAAAAAGUACCCCGUACUAGAUCUGUAUUCGGUAACUCGCAAACUCACUCGUACCGGCCUUUUCAUCCGAUGAGCAGUUGCAGUAUUGUACAACUACCUACUGCUCCAGCCGAACUUCUUUUUAUUUCAUCGACUGACCCAACGUUGUACCCAACACUGCUCAAAAAUCUCCGUGUCUGUGAAUGUAACAGCCCCCCUCAUAUCCCCCACCUGUUUGACCCCUCAACUCCUUAAAAUCCGUUGGCAAGCGAAUCUAUUAUCUCAUCGAUACUGUACAUUCAACUUGUAUCUCAAAGUCUUCCUCCCACACUGAAGACCUCCACAAGCCUGAGGACCGGGAAAUCUUAUGUCAUCACGCCUUUUCAACCCAGCUCUCAUUCAACGAUCCCACGGUAACAUCUCCCACACGCACACACCUGACCAAGAUGUCAAAAGAAGCGACCUCAGAAGCCCCAGCCCCGGAGGAAGAAUUCUGGCUCUUUGGAUACGGGUAUUCAGAAAAUUCCAUCUUUGCCACGCUCACACAAUCACUAACCCCAACCCUCACAGGAGUUUGAUUUGGAAACCACCCCCCUCGUUCGGUUCGUGUAACCCACCAAGAGAGAGUGCCACAAAACCCCGUGGUCCCUCUCCUCCCAUUGCCACUGCUCAGCCUCCGUCCAACAUUCCCCAACCUACCCCCCGCUCAACCAGAUCACUGGAAUCUCUUGGUCCCCCGAUCUUCUUUAAGCAUAAAAGCUGAUCCCUGGUGUACAACCAACAGAUCGUCGUGUACCAGGUUAUGUAACUGGAUACGUACGUAGAUUCUGGCAGGUCAGUAUUUCCCCCUGAAUCGCUUCACACUCUCUCUCUUUCAGCUUUCCAACAACAUUCAAUACCUCGUUUCCACAAAUAGAACCUUAAGAGCAAAUUUACACAAGCUAACAUUCAAUUCUAGGCAAGGUAAGCAAAACAAAGCCAUAAAAAAGCAACACCGAGAGCCAAGCACCAACCCAGCAACACCUCUACCACGCCUCUCCAAAGCAUAAGCUAAAACCCCUUAGCGAAGACCACAGAGGCACGCCCGAAGCCCCGGGGCGAGUAGUAACACUCAUCUCCCGUUCGUUCUGGGAGACGCUCGAUGAUCACCACCCCUCUAAAUCUGACAAAGUAUGGGGAACCGCCUAUCGAAUCGAGGCCGAUAAGGUCAAGGAGGUGAAGGAGUAUUUGGAUAUCAGGGAGAUAAAGUACGUUCUUUUUUUUUUGCUAUACUUGUAUUUACUUUUCCCUCGAUUCCACUUUGAGGACUUCAAUCGCUGGUAGAUGUAUCCUUUUUCCACACACAUACCAUCUAGCUUCACUAUCGAGGCUCAGAGGAAUUCAUCAUCAUUUCUCUCCUAGGUAGUUCACUCCUCACUAUUUCUUUCACAUCAGUGGACGAGUUGAGAUUAGCGAGAUCUAGAGGGGGGAUUAUUUUGAUUGUCCAAUACCAUCAUCUCAAUCCCACUUCAAGCUCUUUCCCUUCGUUCACUACCAACUCCACACCACCAUCCCCCUCCCCUCAAAAACCAAAAAACUAACAACCCCCAGCGGCUACACAGUCCACUACACAACCUUCCACCCCGCCACCCCCAUCUCCCGGNUCCCCCUCCCCUCAAAAACCAAAAAACUAACAACCCCCAGCGGCUACACAGUCCACUACACAACCUUCCACCCCGCCACCCCCAUCUCCCGGGACUCAUCAACACUCACACCUACACCUACACCAACCAUCAAAACCCUCGUCUACAUCGGAACCCCCGACAACGAGCAAUUCCUCGGUCCCCAGGAUCCCCAGAAACUAGCCGAGCACAUCUACCACUCCGUCGGCCCAAGCGGUCCCAACAUCGACUACUUGCUCAGCCUCCAAGUCGCGCUGGAUAAUCUGAGUCCGGAGAGUGGGGACGAACAUAUUAAGGAUCUUGCUAAUAGGAUACGGGCCUUACAAGCUAGCACGGAUGAUGCGGACUUGGAGAAGAGAGCGUUGGAGCGAGAAGUGAGUAAGAUGGUCAAUCACCACAGCGUGGAUGAGCAAGAAGAGGUAGAGAAGCAUCAAUCAUGAUCGAUAAGCGACAGUCACAGUACAGAUGAGAAAGAAAGGAGUGAAAAGCAAUCAUAGACGAGGAGGUAUUUUCUGAGUGAUUUCAUUCGAUUUCCCUAAAGGAUCAUUAUGCCUAUUCCCUAGACUAGAGCGAGCCGCCAAACAGAGGAGUCUGUAUGGAAAAAAGAUACCUAGAUCAGAAAAGUGAUCCUAGGUCGAGAGAAAAAACAAUUCGGAUAUCUGAAAGACCAUGUGUGAAGUUGUGACCAUCCCAAUACAAAGGUAAUAAACCCCCCCAACUCCAGAGUAAAGCAAGGACGAACCGCAUUUAGAGACCACGAGGCUGACCCCUUACUAUCAACCAGAAGGUGGAUGAUAAUCAAAGGUCCACACACAUUGAACCUGUCACUGCUGCCAACACCCUAAAGCUUAACUUUUCUUGCCAUCAAGUCGUACGAACGCGCGAGGUCGGAG